AUGGCCGAGCUCAGCUCCCUGGACAGAGACCAACGGUACCCUGAGCCACACUUUGAGCCAGCGGCCCAGGGGGGUGGACACCGGACCCUGCUGUAUGGUCACGCCAUCCUCCUACGCCACUCCUUCAGCGGAAUGUACCUGACCUGCUUGAAGACAUCGAGGUCGUUGACAGACAAACUGUCAUUUGACGUGGGAUUACAAGAAGAUUCAAUAGGAGAGGCAUGUUGGUGGACCAUCCAUCCUGCGUCCAAGCAGAGGUCAGAGGGAGAGAAGGUCCGUAUCGGAGACGACCUCAUCCUGGUCAGCGUGUCCACAGAGAGGUACCUGCACCUGUCCAUCUCUAGCGGUAGUUUCCAGGUGGAUGCCUCCUUUAUGCAGACUCUGUGGAACGUCCAGCCUACCUGCUCAGGAAGCAACGUGGCUGUAGGAUUCCUGUGUGGUGGUCACGUGAUGCAUCUUUGUCACGGGCAUGAUGAGAGUCUGACCAUCCCUGGGUCAGAGGCCAGCGAGAUGGAGCAGAGGAUUGUGAACUAUGAGAUGGGUAAAGGAGCAUCCAGGGCCCGCUCUCUCUGGAGGCUGGAGCCCCUCAGGAUCGGUUGGAGCGGAAGCCACAUUCGCUAUGGGCAGGCGUUUCGUCUGCGUCACCUGUCUACCGGUCACUACCUGGCGCUGACCGAAGAACAUGGUCUGGUCUUACAGGAGAGAGAGAAGUCUGAUAUCAAGUCCACUUCUUUCUGCUUCAGGGCUACCAAGGAAAAGAUAGAGUCGGGUACGAAGAAUCGAGACAUAGAAGGUAUGGGAGUAGCAGAGAUCAAGUAUGGGGACUCAGCCUGCUUCGUGAUGCACGUGGCUACAGGUCUGUGGCUGUCCUAUCAGGCGCCUGACGCUAAAGCCUCCCGCAUAGGACCCCUGAAGAGAAGGGCCUGUCUGCAUGCUGAGGGUCACAUGGACGACGGUCUGACCCUUCAGCGUUGUCAACACGAGGAGGCACGGGCUGUACGCAUCAUCAGGAACACCACUGUCCUCUUCAGCCACUUCAUCAAGGGUCUUGACAGUAUAGGAAGGGAUAAGAACGUGGAGGUGUCUCUGCCUAACUUUGACGAGGUGUUGCAGACGCUGGAUGAUCUCAUUGAGUAUUUCAAACAGCCCGACUCAGAGCUGGAACAUGAGGAGAAACAGACUCUGCUGAGAUCUCUCAUCAAACGACAGGACCUUUUCAAAGAGGAGGGAAUGCUGGCCCUGCUGGUGAUGUGCAUCGACCGUCUCAACCUGUACAACAGCGCUGCUCACUUUGGAGAGCAUGCUGGGGAAGAGGCUGGGGCAGCAUGGAAGAGCAUCCUCAACCUACUCUACCAACUACUGGCCUCUCUGAUCAAAGGGAACCGGAACAACUGUACCCAGUUCUCCAGGAACCUGGACUGGCUGGUCAGCAAGCUGGAGAGACUGGAGUCCUCAUCAGGUAUCCUGGAGGUGCUCCAUUGUAUCCUGAUAGAGUCUCCGGAGGCUCUGAACAUCAUCCAGAAAGGACACAUCAAGUCCAUCAUCUCCCUGCUCUACAAACACGGACGCAACCACAAGAUCCUGGACGUCCUGUGCUCUCUGUGUGUGUGUAACGGGGUGGCAGUGAGAGCCAAUCAGAACCUCAUCUGUGAUCACCUGCUUCCGAAGAGAGACCUGCUCCUCCAGACACGAUUGGUCAAUGACGUUCAGAGUAUGAGGCCUAACAUCUUCCUAGGAGUGGCAGAGGGUUCAGCCCAGUAUAAGAAGUGGUACUUUGAGUUGAUGAUCGACCAGGUGGACCACUAUGUGACCAGUGAGCCAUCCCACCUGCGUGUGGGCUGGGCCUCCACUAAGGGUUAUGCCCCCUACCCGGGGGGUGGAGAGGGAUGGGGGGGCAACGGAGUGGGUGACGACCUUUACUCAUACAGCUUUGACGGACUCCACCUGUGGUCAGGCCGUAUCUCCCGGGCGGUAGCCUCGAUCAACCAGCACUUGUUGAGCAGUGAUGAUGUGGUGAGCUGUUGUCUGGACCUGGGCGCUCCUUCCAUGUCCUUCAGGAUCAAUGGCCAGCCAGUACAGGGCAUGUUUGAAGACUUCAACACCGACGGAUUCUUCUUCCCUGUAGUCAGCUUCUCUGCAGGGGUCAAGGUGCGUUUCCUGCUGGGUGGUCGUCAUGGAGACUUUAAGUUCCUGCCCCCGGCGGGUUACUCCCCGUGUUACGAGGCCCUGCUCCCCAAGGAGAAGAUGAGGGUGGAGGCUGUGAAGGAGUACAAGAGAGACCAUGGAGGGGUCAGGGACCUACUGGGGACAACACAGUUCCUCUCCCAGGCCUCAUUCAUCCCCACACCUGUAGACACCAGCCAGGUUGUUCAACCUCCUCACCUGGACAAUGUGCGUGACAGACUAGCAGAGAACAUCCAUGAGCUUUGGGGCAUGAACAAGAUUGAACUGGGCUGGUCCUAUGGCAAGUUUCGAGAUGACAACAAGAGGCAGCACCCCUGCCUGGUGGAUUUCACCAAGCUGCCUGAAACUGAGAGGAACUAUAACCUGCAGAUGUCUAGCGAAACACUAAAGACCCUGUUGGCUUUGGGAUGUCAUCUGACACAGACCAACGUUAACGCCGAGGACGAUCUGAAGAAAGUCAAACUGCCCAAAGACUAUGUGAUGUCUAACGGGUACAAGCCAACGCCACUGGAUCUUUCUGAGGAGAAACUGACGGCUGGUCAUGAGGUUCUGGUAGAUAAACUGGCGGAGAACGCUCACAACGUUUGGGCCAAGGACAGGAUCAAACAAGGAUGGACCUACGGCAUUCAGCAGGACGUGAAGAGCAGGCGAAACCCUCGUCUGGUGCCGUACUCUUUACUAGACGAGAGAACCAAGAAGUCUAACAGAGACAGUCUGAGAGAGGCAAUCAGGACCCUGGUGGGAUAUGGCUACAACAUCGACCCCCCAGACCAGGAACCCUGUCAUAUUGUGGAGAGGCAGAGCAUUGAGACGAUCCGGUUCUUCCGCGUAGAGCAGACGUAUGCAGUGAAGACAGGGAAGUGGUACUUUGAGUUUGAGGCCCUGACCGGAGGAGACAUGAGGGUUGGUUGGGCUAGACCAGGCUGUAGGUCAGACUUUGACCUGGGCAUGGACGACCAGGCCUACAUCUUCGAUGGAUACAAGGGCCGUCGAAUGCACAUGGGUGCACGUUUCUUCGGCCAGUCAUGGAACAAGGGAGACGUGGUGGGCUGCAUGAUCAACAUGGAGGACAAGUCUAUGGUCUUCACCCUCAAUGGAGAGCUACUCAUCACUAACAAGGGAUCCGAGCUCUGCUUCGUUGACUUCGAGACAGAUGAUGGAUUCAUCCCAGUGUGUUGUCUGGCCCAGUCUGAGAUUGGCCGUAUGAACCUGGGGAAGGACGCCAGCACCUUUAAGUACUACACCACGUGUGGCCUGCAGGAAGGCUUCGAACCCUUCGCCGUCAACAUGAACAGAGAGGUCACCAUGUGGUUCAGCAAACGCCUGCCUACCUUCGUCAACAUCCCCAAAGACCACAACCACAUCGAGGUGACAAGGAUAGAUGGGACAGUGGACAACCCUCCGUGCCUGAAGGUGACCCACAAGACGUUUGGGACCCAGCAGAGCAACAGUGACAUGCUGUACUGCAGACUGAGCAUGCCUGUAGAGCUCAACGCUCCUCAUAUCAAUCUUGACGAGUCUCAGAAACUCAGUCAGCCUCCAAAGGAAGACGAUUAUGGCAGCAUUACAACGUAUUAUCACUCAGUGAGGGUGUUUGCUGGCCAGGACCCAGCAUCGGUGUGGGUUGGCUGGGUAACCCCUGACUACCAUUAUCAUAGCAAACAAUUCAGCCUUAACAAGACACGCACGGUUACCGUAACUCUGGGAGACGAGAGAGGACGCGUCCACGAGAGUGUUCGAAGGAGUAACUGCUACAUGGUGUGUGCUGGAGAUGUUGUCGGCUCCUCCCACUCCUCAUCCCGGUCUAACAUCGACCUGGAGAUUGGCUGUCUCGUUGACCUGGCAACAGGCUUUCUCUCCUUCACAGCCAAUGGCAAGGAGCUGGCAACCACCUAUGAGGUGGAGUCCAACACCAAGCUGUUCCCUGCUGUGUUUGUGCGUCCCACCAGCACCAACCUCUUCCAGUUUGAGUUUGUCAAGAUCAAGGAUGCCAUGCCCCUGUCGUCAGCCAUCUUUAAGAGUGAACAGCGUAACCCUGUGCCCCAGUGUCCUCCACGUCUGGACGUUCAGACCAUCGUAGCGGUGCUGUGGAGCCGUAUGCCAAACACCUUCCUCACCGUGGAGACCGCCAGGGUCUCAGAGAGACACGGCUGGGUGGUGCAGUGUCUGGAGCCACUGCAGAUGAUGGCUGUUCAUAUACCUGAGGAAAACAGGUG